AUGUCAUUCACGAUUCCAGCACGUCUUGCGCGGCCAUCUAUUCGUUCACAGAGCCCGAUAGAGGCCCGACAACGUGUUAUCCAGCUCUACCGCGACUGGUGCCACGGUGCCCCGGAAAUCAUUUCUCUCUACGCCCUCAACGUUUCCCCUGCCUACAUACGUUACUGCAUCCGCCAGCGCUUUGAGCGCCAUCGGCAUGUCACUGAUCCCCGCGCCAUCGAAUUGCUGCUCUUGAGGGGUAGGCAGGAAUACCAAGAGACGAUGAACUGCUGGAAACUCCCGGACCAGGUGAUGGGUAUCCUUUUGAAGCCGCAGGAGAACACGAAGAAGACAUUUUUGCAGAAGUUCUAUGAAGGUGGAGACGAAGAGGCGCUUAUACCGGCUGCGUCUGGUGUUGUGUAA